CCACAUCUGCUGCCUGCUGUGCCCUGCUGAGCCGCCCAGUCUGGAGCCCCCAGGACAGCGCCUGCCUCCCGAGGUUGUCCUGGCGCAGUUGUCCACAGCGAUGGUGGAGAACUGGACUCCACAGGCUCACGACCUUCCCGUCAGGCUUCAGGGGCCAGCAUCCUUCCUCCUGGGACUGGUGGCCCUGAACAAUGGCUGAGGGCCAGGGGACCCCAUAAAGUUUCUCUACAGCUUCUGGGGGCCAGUAGCACUCCACUGCCUGUGGACUAUGACCACCUAUCGGCCCAUUCCCAAUGAUGGCGUGGACCUGGCAGCCAGCUGUGGGGCCAGAGGGGCCGAUGUCCUCCCGGGGCCGCACACCGGGGACUACACUCCCUUGGGAUUCUGGGUCCAGAAUGGCAGCAUGCCCCAGCCUGUUGAGAGCCCAGCCAGCGCCACCACCCGCCCCAGCCCCACCACACCUGCCAUGCCCAAGAUGGGCGUGCGCGCCAGAGUGGCUGACUGGCCGCCCAAGCGGGAGGCCCUGAGAGAGCAGAACAACCCAAGCCCCUCGCAGGACGCAGAUGGCACGAAGGCCACAAAGGUGGCCCAUUCCAUGAGGAGCAUACAGAACGGACAGCCCCCCGCCAGCACUCCGGCUUCUUCGGGGUCCAAGGCCUUCCACCGGCUCUCCAGAAGGAGGUCCAAAGAUGUGGAAUUCCAGGACGUGUGGCCCCGGUCCCCGGGCAGGGCCUUCCUCCCGCUGCGGCACCGCAGCAGUAGCGAGAUCACGCUGAGUGAGUGCGAUGUGGAGGACGCGGGGGAGCCGCGGGCGGCGCGGCACGCGGGGGCGCUGCCCCUCUUCCGCGAGUACGGGAGCACGUCCUCCAUCGACGUGCAGGGCGUGCCCGAGCAGAGCUUCUUCGACAUCCUCAACGAGUUCCGCAGUGAGCAGCCCGCGCCCCGGGGCGCGCCACGCCGCCCCGAGCUCGAUCGGGGCGCACACCUCCUGCGGGGCGGCGGCGGCGCCAAGGGGGACCCCCGCCACGGGCAGCCCGGAAAGGACAGCCUGCUGCCGCUGCAGCCCGGGAAGGAGAAGGCCCGCAAGAAGCCCACGCGGGGCCCGGGCGGGGAGGCGGCGGACUCGUGCAUCUUCCGGAAGCUUCGGGGCGGCCGCGCCGAGGCCGAGGCGCGCGCCCCGGGGGAGGCGGAUGAGGCCACCGCGGCCCUCGGCGCCGCGCGCGCCCACAGCCUCGGGGGCGCGGAGCCCGCCUUCGCCAGCACCGAGGACCUCAACUGCAAGGAGAACCUGGAGCAGGACCUGGGCGACGACACCAGCAACGAGCUGCUGCUCAGCUGCCCGCACUUCCGCAACGAGAUCGGCGGCGAGCGCGAGCGCGACGUGAGCUUCGCCCGGGCGUCCGCGGGUCCCCCGGCGGGCGGGGGCGGGGGCGGCGCCGAGGGCCGCCCGGCGGAGCCCAACCUGAGCUCCUGCCGCACCAACGCCAGCAUCUCGGUGCUCGAGGUGCCCAAGGAGCAGCAGAGGACGCAGAGCCGCCCGCGGCAGUACAGCAUCGAGCACGUGGACCUGGGCGCUCGCUACUACCAGGACUACUUCGUGGGCAAAGAGCAUGCCAAUUACUUUGGCGUGGACGAGAAGCUGGGGCCGGUGGCCGUGAGCAUCAGGCGGGAGAAGCUGGAAGACCACAGGGACCAUGGGCCUCAGUACCAGCACAGGAUCAUCUUCCGGACGCGCGAGCUCAUCACCCUGCGGGGCUCCAUCCUGGAGGACGCCACGCCCACGGCCACCAAGCACGGGACGGGGCGGGGCCUGCCCCUGAGGGACGCCCUGGAGUACGUCAUCCCCGAGCUCAACAUCCAGUGCCUGCGGCUGGCUCUCAACACCCCCAAGGUGACGGAGCAGCUGCUGAAGCUCGACGAGCAAGGGCUCUGCCGGAAGCACAAGGUGGGCAUCCUGUACUGCAAGGCCGGCCAGAGCUCGGAGGAGGAGAUGUACAACAACGAGGAGGCCGGCCCCGCCUUUGAGGAGUUCCUCUCCCUCAUCGGCGAGAAGGUCUGUCUGAAGGGCUUCACCAAGUACGCCGCCCAGCUGGACGUCAAGACCGACUCCACGGGGACCCACUCCCUCUACACGACGUACCAGGACUACGAGAUCAUGUUCCACGUCUCCACCCUGCUCCCGUACACCCCCAACAACAGGCAGCAGCUACUAAGGAAGAGGCACAUAGGGAACGACAUCGUGACGAUCAUCUUCCAGGAGCCAGGGGCGCUGCCCUUCACCCCCAAGAACAUCCGCUCCCACUUUCAGCACGUCUUCAUCAUUGUCCGAGCCCACAACCCCUGCACGGAGAACGUCUGCUACAGUAUGGCUGUGACCCGAUCCAAAGACGCCCCUCCUUUCGGCCCCCCCAUCCCCAGUGGAACCACCUUCCGCAAGUCUGACGUCUUCAGAGACUUCCUGCUGGCCAAGGUGAUCAACGCCGAGAACGCAGCGCACAAGUCCGACAAGUUCCACACCAUGGCCACCAGGACCCGCCAGGAGUACCUCAAGGACCUGGCCGAGAACUGCGUCUCCAACACGCCCAUUGACUCCACUGGCAAGUUCAACCUCAUCUCCCUGACCUCCAAGAAGAAGGAGAAGACCAAAGCCCGGGCAGGUGCCGAGCAGCACAGCGCAGGGGCCAUCACCUGGAGGGUGGCGGCUCAGGACUAUGCCCAGGGGGUCGAAAUCGACUGCAUUUUGGGAAUUUCUAACGAGUUUGUGGUGCUCCUGGACCUCCGCACCAAGGAGGUGGUGUUCAACUGCUACUGCGGGGACGUCAUUGGCUGGACCCCAGACUCCUCGACGCUCAAGAUCUUCUACGGGCGAGGGGACCAUAUCUUCCUCCAGGCUGCAGAGGGCUCUGUGGAGGACAUAAGGGAAAUCGUGCAGAGACUGAAGGUGAUGACCAACGGCUGGGAGACGGUGGACAUGACCCUGCGGCGGAACGGGCUGGGGCAGCUGGGCUUCCACGUGAAGUACGACGGGACGGUGGCUGAGGUGGAGGACUACGGGUUCGCCUGGCAGGCCGGCCUCCGGCAAGGCAGCCGGCUGGUGGAGAUCUGCAAGGUGGCCGUGGUCACGCUGACCCACGACCAGAUGAUCGACCUGCUGCGCACCUCGGUCACCGUCAAGGUGGUCAUCAUCCCUCCCUUCGACGACGGCACGCCCCGCAGGGGGUGGCCGGAGACCUAUGACAUGAAUACCUCGGAGCCCAAGACAGAGCCGGACAGCGUGACCCCCGGGGGCCGGCCCCCCUACCGCAGCAAUGCUCCCUGGCAAUGGAGCGGGCCCGCGUCCCACAACUCUCUGGCAGCCUCCAAGUGGGCCCCUCCAGCCACCCCCAGCCAUGCCCAGUCCCUGAGCCGGCCCCCGAAGCAGACCCCCGUGGUCCCCUUCCGGGAGUCACAGCCCCUGCACAGCAAGAGGCCUGUCAGCUUCCCAGAAACCCCUUACACAGCAUCACCAGCAGGGGCCGACAAAGUCCCUCCCUACCGCCAGCCUUCUGGGAGCUUCUCCACCCCCGGCUCGGCCACCUACGCCAGAUACAAGCCAUCCCCGGAAAGGUAUGCGGCCGCCCCGCACCCACUGCUGUCUUUCGAUCCCCACUUCGGCCAUGAUGGGACGUCCAGCGGCGACUCCUCCUCAGGUGGCCUGACCAGCCAGGAAAGCACCAUGGAGCGCCAGAAGCCAGAGCCCCUGUGGCAUGUGCCCGCCCAGGCCCGGCUCUCAGCCGUGGCUGGAAGCAGCGGCAGCAAGCACGCCUCCAGGCAGGAUGCGGCAGGCAAAGAUUCCCCCAACAGGCAUUCCAAAGGCGAGCCUCAGUACUCCAGUCAUUCCAGCAGCAACACCCUCUCCAGCAACGCGUCCAGCAGCCACAGCGACGAUCGCUGGUUUGACCCCCUGGACCCCCUGGAACCAGAGCAGGACCCCCUCUCCAAGGGCGGCUCUAGCGACAGCGGCAUUGACACCGCCCUCUGCACCUCCAGCCCCAGCUGCAUGUCGCUGGCCAAGACUCCCCGGCCGGCCAAGCCGCACAAGCCCCCCGGAAGUAUGGGCCUCUGUGGGGGCGGGCGCGAGGCGGCCGGGCGGGCCCACCACGCAGACAGGCGGCGGGAGGUCUCGCCAGCCCCGGCGGUGGCUGGCCAGAGCAAGGGCUACCGGCCGAAGCUGUACUCCUCGGGCUCCAGCACUCCCACGGGCCUGGCUGGGGGCAGCCGCGACUCGCCCAGGCAGCCCAGUGAUAUGAGCUCCAGGGCUGGCUAUCCUGCUCAGGUUUACAAAACUGCCAGCGCAGAGACUCCCCGGCCCUCACAGCUGGCCCAGCCCAGCCCCUUCCAGCUCUCCGCCUCCGUCCCCAAGUCCUUCUUCUCCAAGCAGCCCGUGCGCAAUAAGCACCCAAUGGGGUGGAAGAGAACAGACGAGCCCCCGCCACGGCCACUCCCCUUCACUGACCCAAAGAAGCAGGUGGACACCAACACGAAAAACGUCUUUGGGCAGCCACGGUUGAGGGCGUCACUCCGCGACCUCCGCUCCCCGCGGAAGAACUACAAGUCCACCAUUGAGGACGACCUGAAGAAGCUCAUCAUCAUGGACACCCUGGCGCCGGAGCAGGACAGAGACGCGGGGCAGUCGCCGCAGAAGAGCCUGCAGCGGACGCUGUCCGACGAGAGCCUGUGCGGCGGGCGCCGGGAGCCCGGCUUCACCAGCCCCGGCAGCCUGGAGCCCGGCCUGCCCGGCGACGUGCUCUUCACCAGCACUUGCGCCUUCCCCUCCAGCACGCUGCCCGCCCGCCGCCAGCACCAGCACCCGCUCCCGCCCGGCAGCAGCGGCCCCAGCCCCAGCCCCGCCGCCGGCAACGGCUUCCCCGAGAAGAAAGCCACCAUCUCGGCCUCGGAGCUUUCGCUGGCUGACGGGCGGGACCGGCCCCUGCGGUGCCUUGACCCCGGCAUGAUGCCGCUGCCCGACACGGCUGCUGGCCUCGAGUGGUCCAGCCUGGUCAACGCAGCCAAGGCAUACGAAGUGCAAAGAGCCGUCUCGCUCUUCUCUCUCAACGACCCAGCUCUGAGCCCGGACAUCCCGCCCGCACACAGUCCUGUCCACAGCCACCUGAGCCUGGAGAGGGGGCCCCCGACCCCCAGGACCACCCCUACCAUGAGCGAGGAGCCGCCCCUGGAUCUGACGGGCAAGGUGUACCAGCUGGAGGUGAUGCUGAAACAGCUGCACACGGACCUCCAGAAGGAGAAGCAGGACAAGGCCGUGCUGCAGUCGGAGGUGGCCAGCCUGCGGCAGAACAACCAGCGGCUGCAGGAGGAGUCCCAGGCCGCCAGCGAGCAGCUGCGCAAGUUCGCCGAGAUCUUCCGCAGGGAGAAGAAGGAACUCUGAGUGGACAGGCCUCCGCCCGCAGGCUGUGGGCCCUGCUCCUCUCUCCCUCCACUUGCUCCCCGUUGCAAGUGUGGCCAAGAUAAUCCAGCCAGGGCGCCACCGCCCUCCCCGUGCACACGGAGACCCCAGAUGGCAGGGGGCCCUGAGGGAGGCCUCGCCGGGGCCGGGAGCCGGGUCUGCUCGCGGUCUCAGGCCUCCCUCUGAACUGCCCAUCUCUGGUCCCUGGGGCUGGGCUGUGCCCACACUGCCGCCAGGGGCCCACCCUGCCCUCCCCAUCCAGCCCCUUCCUUGGACCAAGCCACGGGAAGCUGGAGGAAGGGGAGAG